UUUUUCCAGUGGAGGAUAUUAAUCGUCUCCUGCCUCAUUUGGUAGAGCUAGGUGCUAGUUCAAUGGAAGAUUUGCUGUUUUUAAAUGUUGAAACAGACCUGCCUAAUGUACUACCUCCUCUUAUUAGACGUAAAUUAGAAGCAGCUUUAGCAACUUCAAAUUCUAAGCCUGUUCAUUCGCAAAAUGUGGACCUUAUUGAAACAUCUGUGGUAACUCCCAUUGCAUGUACCAAGUCAUAUGGUCCAAAAAAGAUGGUUGUGUCAAUAACGGAUGCAAUAGAAAAUCAUCCUUUAAAAAAUAACAUCAUUAUUGAGGCACAAAAAGCUGUAAUGGAUGAUUGCUUGCAUCGUUUUCUUGUCAAAGUAGCAUGCUCUUACUUAAUUGAUUGCUUCGGAAACUAUCCUCCACCAGAGCAUCAAUUAGGCACGGCAAAAAGUAUUGUUUCAACUUUUAAGUUUAGGGCAUGUCGAAGCGGAAAUGGAUAUGUAAGUUGUUUUGUUUUUUUUCAAUUUUUUGUUUCAAAAUUAUGUAGUAGACUAUACUUUCAUUACCUAAUAUUUUAGGUGUGUCAAACACACUGCACCAUCUUUA